AUGGACGAUGUGUACAUGGAUCAGAUGGAUCUGAAAACCCUCUACCGUUUCUCUUGGACUUGCAAGGAGCUAAGCGACCGCGUUUCGGGCUAUAUGCGCCGCGCCUUCCGUCCCGAAAAUUUAUUUGCUCCUAUCUUCAAACCCGAUGAACAUUUGCCGUUUCGUCUUCUCCAGUUCAAGACUGGCCUGGUUAUUUCAGGUUCCACCGUUUUGCAUUUUAUCAAUUGUGCUAAUACAUGGAUUCCGGGUGACAUGGACAUGUACGUUGAGCACAGAUAUGCUCUUCCCGUUCUUUCCUGGAUGAUGUCCAUUGGAUUUACCAUCAUGCCGCAUCCCAAAUAUCCGGACAACGCCACGGCGGAACAAAUUUUGAAAAUGGAAAAAAUCGUCCUUCAGGAACAUCCUCUUCAUCGACAUUACAAUACCACCGGAGUGGUCGUUAACCUAUGGCGCCAAGGUUCUUUCGUCCAACUGAUUACGACUUGUCAAUCGGUGGUAGAGUGCAUUUUGGGGUAUCAUAGCACCGGCGUCAUGAAUUUCGUUACCUUUGAGAAGGUGUACAGCUUGUAUCCGAAUGCUACCUUUGGACAUCAAGUCUCUCUGUUGCAACCUCCUGCCAACCUCAAGCGCGCGCAAAAAUUUCUUGCGAAAUAUCAUUCCCGUGGCUUGAAAUUUGUUCUUUCCAUUCCAUCGCAAACUUUGAAAAUGGACCGCCAUAUCCGAAGCAGGAUACAGUCUAUCAGGGACAACUUAAAUGUUGGGUAUAGUUCAUCUCGUGGUCAUGUUCUCGUUGAGCUGCAUUACGAUCCUCGUCCAGAGUUGUUCUCUCCUGGGAUUAGACGGGUUGGCGACAGGCAUUGUUGGGUUUAUUCUUUGCCUCUUUUACCCGAAGCAAAUCAGACUUCCUUUAUUGAAGCCAAUUCAUGGGCAUUGUUGCUCGAUGAAUUCGAUUGUUUGCAUUUUGGUGUCCGUCGCAUCAGCGGUAUCACAUUGGAUUUUCACUACACAGCGGCGGAUGUUUACCAAUUACACGAGCGCGUCAAAAAAGCUAUCAAAUCCUGGGAAAGGGGUAUAAGGCAAAAAGAUGACCGUGUACAUGCGACUGUUUUGUAUUUGCUAUCCAGAAAGGCAGAUAUUUUCUGGUUGCAUCGCCCUCGACCACAGAGCCUGUUGUGGAAUGGAUAUUUGUAA